AUGCCGCCCCGCCGUGCUCGUGUACCACCUCGUCGUCUGAUUGAGACGAUGGGAGAUGAUCCGGCGACUCCUCGCCCAGCUGAGCGAGUUCAGGAAGAGGAGAUUGCUCCGACAGUUUUAGACCGACCAGAACAGGAUCAGGCGGGAGGAUCGACCUCAGUAUUGGAACUGGUCAGGGAGGUGAUUGGGCUGGUCAGACAGCAGAGGGACCCACAGCCACAGCAUCCCUCUGCUAGCUCGUCGGAUCAGGGGAGGAGCAUUGCAGAAUUCCGGAAGUUGGCUCCUCCGGCCUUCAAGGGAACCACAGAUCCCCAGGAGGCCGAACACUGGCUUGACGAGAUGGAGAAGGCCUUCAGAGCCAUGGGAUGCACCGAGGAUGAGAGAGUCAGAUAUGCUACUUAUAUGCUCCAGGACCGGGCACACCACUGGUGGGAGUCAGUGGAGCGGACCAUGAUACAGGAUAUCGGGACUGUGACUUGGGCUGGAUUUCGGACGGCUUUUUAUUCCAAAUAUCUUCCGUCCAGCCGUGUCAGAGAGUUGGAGAGAGAGUUCCUGAGUCUCUCUCAGGGGAGUAUGUCAGUUGAGGAUUACGAGGCAGAGUUCGAUAGACUGUCUCGUUUUGCGCCCUCCCUCGUCCAGGACCCCGUAGCAAGGAUGAGUAGAUUUGAGGAGGGAUUGAGACCCCACCUGCGUCGAGGCUUGGCUGCUGUCCAUUGGACCGACUAUGAUGAUCUUGUAGACAAAGCGAAGAAUAUGGAGAUUAUCUGGAAAGAGACGCAGGAAGCACAUAAAGGGAAGCUGAAGAGGGCCAGAGAUUCUGAUUCGGAUAAUGAGCGGCAUGUACGCCGACCCGUGCAGAUCCGUCACGGAGCAGGACAGCGAGCUCCACCUGGGAGGACUGCACCAGAGCACCGGGAGAUAUCAGGAACCUGUUAUUUUUGCAGUCAGAUUGGACACAAGGCCAUUGAUUGUCCCCGGAGACUGCCCAGGGUUGGAGCAUGUUACAGAUGUGGCCAACAGGGCCACAAGAUGGCUCAGUGUCCUCAGACCCAGUCUAGGACUAUUGUCUGUUAUGGGUGUGGUCAGCCAGGCCACAGGAUUUCUAGUUGUCCCCGGGCCGGAUUUGUGCAGAGGCCACCGAGCGCUAGGGCUCCUCAGCGGCAGAUUCCCCCUGAUCCAGCACAGAUUUCUCAGCCAGCCGCUCCCAGACAGCAGACAGGAGGAGGGUCUCGCACCCAGGGACGGGUAUAUGCACUGACACAGCAGGAUGCUCAGGCAUCCAACACGGCAGUGACAGGUACCUUAUUAGUAUAUUCUACUUAUGCAUAUGCACUAUUCGACUCAGGGGCCACACACUCUUUUAUUUCAUCUACAUAUGUGCAUAAGCAUGAUAUAUUUUGCUCACCCUUGGAGAAGGAAUUAUGUGUGAGUACCCCAGCUGGGGGUAAGAUGAUCACCUCACUGAUAUGCAAGUCAUGCCCAGUAAUUGUAGAGGGUAGAGACUUGAAAGCUGACCUUAUUGUCAUGGACUUACAUGAAUUUGAUUUAAUUCUGGGUAUGGAUUGGUUAGCUAUAUAUCACGCUACCAUUGACUGCUUCUCGAAGCGGGUGACUUUCCGAAUCCCUGACAUUGAAGAGUUUUAUUUUGUGGGUGAUGGAGGGUGUGUCUCCCCUCAGAUAGUGGCAGCCUUACAGGGUAUUCGGUCUCUCAGGAAGGGGUGCUCUGUGUAUAUGGCAGCUGUCAUGGAUUCUGAGCAGUCGGAACAGAAAAUUGAAAACAUACCCGUGGUCAGGGAAUACCCUGAUGUUUUUCCUGAUGAGCUUCCUGGUUUACCACCAGUUAGAGAGGUGGAAUUUGCCAUUGAUCUAAACCCUGGUACGGCACCCAUAUCUAGACCUCCUUACAGAAUGGCCCCGGCUGAACUAAAAGAACUGAAGGAACAGUUGCAGGAGCUAUUGGAUCUGGGUUUCAUUCGACCCAGUGUCUCUCCUUGGGGUGCACCAGUGUUAUUUGUGAGGAAGAAGGACGGCAGUAUGAGGCUAUGCAUUGAUUUUCAGGAAAUUAACAAAGUGACUAUCAAGAACAGGUACCUCCUACCCCGGAUUGAUGACUUGUUUGAUCAGCUUCAGGGUGCCCAGGUGUUUUCAAAGAUUGAUCUGCGAUCUGGAUAUCAUCAGUUGAGGAUAAAGGAGUCUGAUAUAGCCAAGACUGCCUUCCGCACCAGAUAUGGCCAUUAUGAGUAUCUGGUGAUGCCUUUCGGGUUGACAAAUGCUCCAGCUGCAUUUAUGGAUCUGAUGAACAGGACAGAAUCAAUUGUAUGGGAAACUGAAGAAAUGUCAGUUCUGGCUGGAUCAGGUGAUGUUCUUGGGACAUGUGGUAUCUAA